AUGCGUUACGCACCUGCUGCAUGGGCUCAGAGUAGAAAACAUAAAAAACACUCUCGGGAAGAUAAGGACGAUCAAAUACUGAAGGAGCUUCGUCUAAUAAACGAAAAAUUAAAGGAGCAAGAUAAGGAAAUUCAUCGAUUAAAGCGAAAACACCUGAUACGAGACGAACAACGUUCGACACGAUAUCAGCAGUCAAAUUUAUAUGAAAUAGGCAAAAAGGGUAGAAGCCAGUCGUCGUAUUAUUCUUCGAGAAGUAGAUCUUGGUCUCGCUCACGGGAAAGAAGUCGAUCACGUUCCAAGAGAACAAAAGAUUCUUCUAGAUCUCCUUCGAGGCAUUCGUCAUCAAGAUCAUAUACACCUCAUUUCACGGGACAAACACAAAGUGAUUUCACAACUGAAACUGGUGCACCUGAAUUAUCUCUAGGCGGCAAUGGGUCUUCAAAUGCAUCUAACCAACAGAUCCCUCCAAAGUAUAAUGCGACUCAAUUUGACAAACAAACAGAAAAGGAAACUGAUGUUCCCAGUGGAUCUAACCUCAUUGAUUCUAGUGCUUCGAAAAAUCCAGCAUCGGAGUUGGCAAAACUAACAGAGGCUCCUCCCCUAGAAGCCGAAAUAUUAGAAGCCAUGGGAAAACGAUCCCAGAGACAUCCCAAUUUGAAAAACAGUUUUUCCUCAUCUCGAAGUAACAUAGAAUCCAAGAAUGGCUCGUCGCAAUAUAAAAAAAAUAAAAGCAGUAAACAAAACGCAAAAUAA